GAGAAUGUGUGCGUCACAGUCAGUGUGACUCACGUUUUACAGUAUAUAACAAGUGGCAUUAUAAUACCAACAAAUGCGACUCAUCGAGUGGCUCUUGAAUAAUAUGACAAUAACCUUAACAACCCUUAAGUGAAUUCGUAGUUUCUUCUUUAGAUAGCGAAUGCAUGAUUUAAUUCGUUGUAAUAUUCCAAAAUAUAAUGGAAUCUGAAGGACUGAUAACCUCGGAAGAGACUGAAGUGGAUGGAGCGCUUCAGGGGCGUGAGUCGAGUACUGAAGAGGAGAGACUUUACAAAUCUCAACGCAGAAAUAAUUUUCCAUCGUACUCCAAUGACGAUGUCAACGUGCGAUUCAGGAGCACGAGCUACGAUGGGAACAAUACGUUUGACAGCCUCAUCGAAAGUGUCUCAUAUCGGCAGUCGCACAGAGUGAAUAACAAUGAAUUUCAACCCGGUGCUACAAAUUUCAUAUCUUCUAAUUAUGAGAGUCUGGAUUACGAUCUGUGCGAAAACCACUUGCUUCAAGAUGAAGAGCGAAAGAAAGGCUACAAAUACGUAGUGAGAAAAAACUUCGCAAGAUGGUUUAUUUUCUUGUUGAUCGGUAUAUUAACCGCUCUAAUAGCAUGUUUCGUCGAUAUAUCGAUUGAAGAGCUGUCCGCCGUCAAGUAUGGGGCCUUGAAGUCAUAUGUUGACAAUUGCGUGAAGGACCGUUGCCUGUGGCUUCCCUACUGCAUGUGGGUGGUAUUGAACAUAGUCCCAUGCCUAAUCGGUGCAAUACUUGUAACAUACGUUGAACCUGUCGCCGCUGGGAGUGGGAUUCCCCAAGUGAAAUCCUAUCUCAAUGGUAUCAAAGUUCCGCGGGUUGUGAGAAUAAAAACUCUGACAGUGAAAAUACUCGGUGUCAUAUCGACCGUGGUUGGAGGACUCGCUGGGGGAAAGGAGGGCCCCAUGAUUCAUGCUGGAGCAGUCGUUGCGGCCGGCAUAUCUCAAGGGAAGAGCACGACUUUCAAGAAAGAUUUAAAGAUUUUUCAAUACUUCAGAGAAGAUCAUGAAAAGAGAGACUUUGUUUCUGGAGGCGCAGCCGCUGGAGUGUCGGCAGCUUUCGGGGCUCCAAUUGGCGGAGUAUUAUUCAGUACCGAAGAAGGAGCCAGUUUUUUCAAUCAAAGCCUCACGUGGCGAACAUUUUUCGCCAGCAUGAUAUCCACCUUCACAUUAAACGUUGUGCUGAGUGCAUACUACGGCCACCCAGGAGAGCUUUCAUACCCUGGUCUUUUGAACCUAGGAAAAUUCGAAACUCUACCUUACGAAAUCUACGAAAUCCCCCUGUUUAUGAUGGUGGGUACUGUUGGCGGACUCUUGGGGGCCCUGUGGAACCACAUAAACUACAAAAUUACCUGCAUCAGAUUGAGAUAUAUCAGCGCAAAGAAGUGGAAAAUUGUUGAGGUUGUUUUCGUCGCUGUGAUGUCAGCGACAAUCGGUUUCCUCAUGAUUUAUUUUGUCAACGACUGCAAGCCUUUGGGCCCGGAUCGUAGGAAAUACGCUGUUCAGAUGUUUUGUAAGGAGGGGGAGUACAGCGCUGUGGCAGCACUUUGGUUUCAAACACCUGAAAGCACUGUCAGGUCACUUUUUCAUGAUUCGAAAGGUUCACAUAAUGACGCAACCCUAGCUAUUUUCGUGUUGCUGUACUUCUUCCUGGCUGUUUUCACAUUUGGUCUGUCAAUGUCAAGUGGCCUCUUCAUCCCAACUCUUCUCAUUGGUUCGGCCUGGGGUAGACUCUUGGGAUCUGGACUAGCCAAAGCUGUUCCUUCAUGUGUUUUCUUCGAGCCAAAGAAAUACGCUCUGCUCGGUGCAGCUGCGCAACUGGGUGGUGUCGUGAGAAUGACAAUAAGUCUAACAGCAAUUCUGAUUGAAGCAACGCAGGGCAUCUCCUUCGGCCUCCCAGUGAUAAUCGUCCUCAUAAUGGCCAAGUGGGUCGGCGAUUUCUUCAACGAAGGUAUCUAUGACAUACACAUCCAAAUGGCCGGCAUUCCACUGCUGCCAUGGGAAGCACCUCCGCUGUCAAAUAACAUUUACGUCAGUGAAAUUAUGAGCCAUCCUGUGGUAACGCUCAAAACCACCGAAAAUGUCGGUCACAUUGUCGAACUUCUUAAGUGCGUCAAAUUUAAUGGAUUUCCUGUAGUUGAUCCACCGAGUACGGAUCAGGAUGAGGUCCAUUGCUAUGGACGCUUCCGAGGCUUGAUCUUGCGAUCGCAACUCAUCGUUCUCCUGAAGAAUAAAGUGUUCAAUGAAUGUGACUACUGGGAGAGCAACCUGACUCUCAAAAUGUUUCGCAAUGAGUACCCCAGGUAUCCUGAAAUCGACCAGAUCGUGGUUACAGAGCAGGAAAAAACGUAUUUCAUUGACUUGAGGCCUUUCAUGAAUCCCUCGCCUUAUACUCUGCAACAUUCUACAACACUACCGAGAGCAUUCAGACUGUUUAGAGGCCUGGGACUUCGUCAUCUACCAGUGGUCAAUGACACACAUGAGGUCAUUGGAAUGAUCACGAGAAAAGAUGUGGCAAGAUACAGAAUAUGGAAACACCGAGGGAAAAUGGGACUGGAUGAGCUUUUAAUAACAGACAAAAUAUAACAAUAAACAUAAUUUAUAUCUUUGAUUUUUUAUAAUCGUUUCGACGUAGAACGAAUUUCAAGUCAAUAUAAAAUUUAAUUUUUAAGAUUAAGGAAAAAGUUGUUUAUACACUUUGGCAGGAGAAACGCACAAUGAUUUAUUUUAAUAUAUAUGUAUGGAAUUUACAAAUGAUGGAAGAACAUUGUAAAUAUUACAACUGCUGUUUUUAUA